AAAAAAAAGGAAAAAUACCUAAAAAAAAUAAUAAUCAUAAUAAUUAAUAAUAAUUAUAAUAAUAAUAAAAAAGCCAAACUUGGGCCAGCUUGUUCUCUAGGCACUCCCUGCUGCAGGAUGAAUUAGGAAGGGAAGGCCUCUUCUUCUGAACCAUGGAGACAAGGGCGUCCUUCAUUGCCACCAUGCAAGAGACCCAACAUCUCUCCCCAGAGAAGGGUCAGAGCCCAACCAAUGGCAACAGGGAGCAGUUUGAUUCAGAUGAGGGCUCCAGCAUUGAAGAUGCAGACUUCAACUGGGACGAGUUCCUGGAGGAAACAGGAGCCAGUGCUGCUCCCCACACCUCCUUCAAACACGUUGAAAUCAGCCUUCAAAGCAGUUUCCAACCAGGAAUGAAGUUAGAAGUGGCCAACAAGAGCAAUCCAGACACAUACUGGGUGGCUACAAUCAUCACAACGUGUGGACAGCUCUUGUUGCUUCGUUACUGUGGCUAUGGAGAUGACCGCAGGGCAGACUUCUGGUGUGAUGUGAUGACAGCAGAUCUUCACCCCGUUGGCUGGUGUACACAGAAUAACAAGGUCCUGAUGCCUCCAGAUGCAAUCAAAGAGAAGUACAUGGACUGGACAGAGUUCCUCAUACAUGAUCUGACCGGCGCCCGGACUGCUCCUGCCAAUUUACUGGAAGGCCCUCUGCGAGGAAAAAACCCUGUAGACCUCAUUACAGUUGAUUCCUUAAUAGAGCUGCAGGAUUCCCAGAAUCCCUUUCAGUACUGGAUAGUUAGUGUGGUUGAAAAUGUUGGAGGAAGAUUACGACUUCGCUAUGUGGGAUUGGAGGAGACUGAAUCCUAUGACCAGUGGUUGUUUUACUUGGAUUGCAGACUUCGACCAGUCGGUUGGUGUCAAGAGAAUAAAUACAGAAUGGACCCACCUGCAGAUAUCUAUUCUCUGAAGACUAUAUCUGAAUGGAAAUGCGCUCUGGAAAAAUCCCUUAAUGAUGCAGCAAAUUUCCCUCUUCCGAUGGAAGUGUUCAAGGACCAUGCUGAUUUGCGAAACCACUUCUUCACUGUGGGGAUGAAGCUGGAGGCAGUGAAUAUGAAGGAGCCUUUUCAUAUCUGUCCUGCAUCAGUGACCAAGGUUUUUAACAAUCAUUAUUUACAAGUGACCAUUGAUGACCUGAGACCUGAACCCAGCAAAAUCUCAAUGCUUUGCCAUGCGGAUUCCUUAGGGAUCUUGCCAAUACAGUGGUGCCUUAAAAACGGAGUCAAUCUCACACCUCCCAAGGGUUACUCUGGCCAGGACUUUGACUGGGCAGACUACCAGAAGCAGUGUGGAGCUGAGGCAGCAUCUCACCUCUGCUUUAGAAACACAUCCUUCAGCCGUGGCUUUACUAAGAACAUGAAGCUGGAGGCAGUGAACCCCAGGAACCCUGCAGAGAUAUGUGUCGCUUCUAUCACCUCAGUUAAAGGACGGUUGAUGUGGCUUCACCUUGAAGGUUUACAGAUGCCCUCUCCAGAGUACAUAGUUGAUGUAGAGUCUAUGGACAUUUUCCCUGUUGGCUGGUGUGAAGCGAAUGCAUAUAACCUAACUCCACCACACAAAGCUGUGUUGCGAAGGAAGAGGAGAAUUGCAGUUGUGCAACCAGAAAAGCAGUUACCAUCCACAGUGCCUGUUGAGAAAAUACCUCAUGACCUCUGCCCGGUUCCUCAGCCAGACACAACAGGCACCAUCAAUGGGAGAUACUGCUGCCCCCAGCUCUUCAUCAACCACCGCUGCUUCUCAGGUCCAUAUUUAAACAAAGGCAGAAUAGCAGAGCUACCUCAGUCUGUUGGGCCUGGCAAGUGUGUGCUGGUCCUCAAAGAGGUUCUCAGCAUGGUGAUCAAUGCAGCUUACAAGCCAGGGAGUGUUUUACGAGAACUGCAGCUAGUGGAAGACCCUCAGUGGAAUUUCCAAGAGGAAACACUUAAAGCAAAAUACAGAGGGAAGACUUACAGGGCGACUGUUAAGAUUGUGCGGACGUCGGAUCAGGUGGCAGAUUUCUGCAGAAGGGUCUGUGCAAAGUUGGAGUGCUGCCCCAACUUGUUCAGUCCAGUUCUGGUGGCCGAAGUCUGCCCAGAGAACUGCUCCGUUCACACUAAAACCAAGUACACUUAUUAUUAUGGGAAGAGGAAAAAAAUCAUUAAGCCACCAAUUGGGGAAAAUAACAACGUGAAAAGUGGACAUGUCAAGCCAGCCAGACGCAGAAAAAGGCGGAAAUCCAUCUUUGUGCAGAAGAAGAGGAGGUCAUCAGCUGUUGAUGUGAAUGCUGCAGGCUCUGCAGAGGAGAGCGAAGAUGAGGAGCCAGACGCGAUGGAGGAUGAGACGGGAAGCGAGGAGACGAGUUCAGAGCUCCGGGAUGACCAGACAGACACCUCCUCUGCUGAGGUUCCCUCCACCAGGCCCCGGCGAGCUGUCACCUUGAGGAGCAGCACUGAGUUGGACAGACCUGCUCCCACUGAGAGGACCCGGCGGAGCCGGAGACCACAGCCCCACUCCUACAGUGAGGAGAAGGGCACACAAGCCAAGGAGGAAAUUAAGCAAGAAGAGGAGGAGAAGCUCAUUCUGGACAGUAAUCCAUUGGAGUGGACUGUGACUGAUGUUGUGAGGUUUAUUAAGCUGACCGACUGUGCACCCCUUGCUAAAAUAUUUCAGGAGCAGGACAUCGAUGGCCAAGCCCUUCUGUUGCUGACACUGCCCACAGUGCAGGAAUGCAUGGAGCUGAAACUUGGUCCUGCCAUCAAACUGUGCCACCAGAUCGAGCGAGUAAAAGUUGCUUUCUAUGCACAAUAUGCCAACUGACUGCCCCUCUCCUUUUCUUUUCAUUCUCCUUUUUGUUCCCUCUCUUUUUUAACAUUUCAAAUUGUUCGUGGGGGCUUUUUCCCCCUUCUCCCUUUUCUUCUCCAAGAACACGUGGAAUUGGAAGCACCAGGAAUUAAUCUGUAGGGAAGAAAAAAAAAAAGAAGGAUAAAAACCCCACAAACCAACCACAACAAAAACCUAACAAUGAAAUGAACUGAUUUUUCUGUACUUGUAAAGCACACUGAGACUGCUGGCAUCUCUCCUCAUGAGCCUCCCCAACCCGUUAUGCAGUGGUGCAAGGCCAGCAUGGAUCAGAUGGUUUCUUAUUUGUUAAAAAGAAGUUACCAAUGGCAGAUGCAUUCCCAAGGAGAAGGAUGGGACAUUAACAGAUGCUGAUGGUUUGUCUAGGUCAAUUUCUGGACAGGAACAAUGAUUUUAACCCACUCUUAACACACUUUUUUUCAUAUUGAAAUGCAAGUGAUCGUUUGUAGCGUUACCUGGGCUUUACUGCAAAUUUGAUCUUAGUGAUCAAUGGGGUUUUUUUUCUCCCACCUCUCCAGUCUCACAAAAGGAAAAAGUGUUACACCAGUCAUACACUGUUUGUUAUUCCUGAGUGAUUUAUAAAAGAGGACUCAACCCACAGUUUCUCUGCAGUAUCAGACAAAGCUGCAGAGAAUUGGCAGGGGUGCAACAAGACGUGGUUCACAGUAACAUGUCCUCAGCUGGGCUGGCCAUGCACAAUAAGCUGAAUGUCUCUGUGAUGGGGUCUGUGCAGAGCUGCAUUCUUGUAUGGGAACAUGCAUGAAAGCUUCUAUAGAUAAGCCCAUCCUCUUAAAUCCAAGUCACUUUAAAGGCCUGACUUUGAGCACCAAUGAAAAAAAAAAAAAAAGGCUAUUACAAUUUAAUGAUGACACUAUGGGUGAAUGGUGAUUUCAUUUGCACCUUCAUGGAUCUGGUUGCUAGGUGGAAAUUAAAAGCAUCAAUGUUUUCAGGCUGCUUACACCAUGGUGCUUUAGGCCAGCUGAGGAUCUGGUCCAACUCAGUCUAUAUAAAGUCCCUAAAUUGUCCCAGUGCCACCCUGGCCGGUGAAACUGGGGGCUUGCAUCAUGCCAAGCAAGGUAAGCACCAGAGAGGGUGAAGAAAGAGGUUGGACACCUUAAGUUUGUCUCAGUUGUAUUUAUACAAGUGUUUGCUAUUUACUUUGCAGGCAUGUAUGAGCCCAUUGGUCACGUGUUGAGCCCGAGUUUGCUGUAAUUCAGCAGAUGUUGGUGGCAUCACAAUGAUGUAAAAAUCUCCCAAAAGCAAGAACCAAAUUGGGACCAAGUCUGAAUUUUGCUCUGACUUUAAGGUGCAAGUGAAUCCCUCCCUCAAAAAGUGAAUUGGAUGGUUUAUGCUGAGUUUUAGCCUGAUUUCUCAGGAAACCACUGAGUUCAGCAGACUUUUGUUCUCCAACCAUAAAGAGAUCCCUGUUCCCCGGCCGCAGGGAGCUCGGCUUGGAAGUUGUACACAGCUCUGUUACAAUGCUGUGAUGCCAAAGCCCACUCAGUGAAAAACUCUGUGAAAAGAAAUACCAUUUCUAGCCCUAAAUCUGAAAGCAGAUUAACCCCCACCUCAGGCACUUACCACAUGCUGAGAGCAAACUUGGAUCAGAUAGUCACCACUGUGGGCUCAGAAGAACCUACUGAUGAACACCAGGCUAUAGGUUUCUGCUUCAUCAGUUUCCUCCUUAAAUUCUUUGGAUUAAAGAAGGUAAGCCUCAAAAAUAAACAUUCUGGACUACAUCUCUGUGUGCCCUCAGGCAUGUGUUAGGCAAGAAGUACUGACUCUGUUUGCCAUGUAUCACUGAGGACUUCUAGUCUCUUUUUCAGUGAGUUUCCUGAUUUGCCGCUGAGGAACAUGAUGGGUGCAAGCACUGCAGGCUGGGCCAGAUCCUGCCAACCUCUGAGACUUAAAACAUUUUCUUACAUAAAAGAUCAGCAGGACUGGAUCUGUUCUCAGCUGUGGUCUUGUACAGAAGAUCUUGUUCAAGUUUUAAUCAACUGAAGAGAAGUAGUCACCUCUCUUGUCAAAUGGUUUUCUUUUGUUUCUCUGAAGUCCAGGAAUAGGGUUCUGUAGUGGUGCAAAUGUCAAAAAACUGUGUUUUAAGACUGGCUUUCCUAUCGCCACUAGCAGUGGACUGUGUCCAUGCAACUGGUUUGACAAAUGGUUUGGAUCCCUCUUAGGGUUCCCUAAAAAUGUUGCUCCUUUUUUCAUCCCUGAAGACCAGAGGAUUGUGCCCAGCAAAACAAGAGCACAGCUGAGAAGAACAAGGAGGGUUCUUCUCACUUCAGCCUAGUCUCUCCAAUGGCUGGUAUAACUUCUGUCAGCAGGAGAAACCUCCCCAAAGGCUGCUGUUGGGAGGACCACUGUGGGAGGACAUUUCAAGGAAGGAAGCAGAACAGCUGUUUGCUCAACAGCAUCCCAGCACUGAUCCUUUUUUACCACUUUCUUCUGUGCAUCCUUCGCUGCUCUGAUGCUUUUGGAGUUUCUGGCCACUGGGAUUUGUCAGAGACAUUUAACACUUCCUGGGACAUGUUGCAGGAAUGUCAUUGCUUUCUCCAACAACCUUGUAACUGUAGAUAUUCCUAUGGCAGCUAACUACUCUUGGAGGCACAGUUGGGGAGCAGACAGAUGUAGACUCUGAGAGCAACCAGCCCUGAUGUUGGCCAAGCAGAGGAUGGGUGAAGCAUUGAGCCCAGCACAUGGGAAUCUUUACUGAUUGUUCAGGGAAGUUUAGUCAUAUUUAAAACUCACCUAUUAAACACAACAACAAAAAAAGAGUUUAAUUUUAGCUUGCACUGGCUCUGUUAUUUCCUCAGUUGUCUCUCUCUUUCAACGUACUGUUCUUCAGUGUCCUCUCAUUCAUCACUCUCUGUCCUUUUUAAGAAGAUGUUAACCUGAAAUCCAUCUCCUAAAAGUACUUUGGGUGUUGAAUGCCUUAUCAUUUAUUAUAGUCUGCAGGUUGGGAAGAAAUAGGGGGUUGGGCUACUGUUUUCUGUUGCACUGAUUGCCUUCCAGAAAAGCUGGAGCUGAACUUCUUAGACAAUUUCUUAAGCAAGUGGAAAAUGGAUUGUGCAAAGCUUGAUUGGACAGGAUGCUCAUAUUGUCACAGCGUGAGCAGAGAUCAGGAGGAACUACUUUUGCCUGAACUUGAUUUCAGUUCUGGAACAUUAACAGGGGUUUAGAGUAACAUACUUCAAAGGAGAUGCUGUAAACCAAAUUUUUUUAGGGUAAGAUAUCUCUUUACUUUGUAAUGUAGAAGUAUAUUGGAAGUUUUCCUUUGGUUCAGCCCCAGUUCUGAGUUAAAUUCAGAGCUGGUGGAACUUCACAGAUACAGUGGUGACAUUGGUGAAGCCACAUUUUCACCUCACCCUGUUCUGAAUUUGGCAUCUAGGCCUGAAGUUAUUGUGUUAUCAGCUACAAAAGGCCCCCACUGAAGUGCUGACCUCGUGGUCAUCUAAGACCAUUACCAAGGGCUGAGGAGCAAUCCUGCUGUUGCUUCUGGGGUGUUGGAUGCUGAGUUUCAGCACUUUCACACAGACCACUUUGCUCAUGCAAAAAGGGUGUUAUUGGCAUCUCUUCAGGUGUAGAACCAAGAAUGGGCAUUUCUGGAGCAAAAGUAGAUGGUUGAAGAGUGUGUGGUACCUGCCUGUCUUCACUGCACUGACUUCUUUUGAGCUUGCACUCAGUCAGGUUCAAUAGAUCCAUGGGCAGGUCCCUGCUCUCUUCCUAACUCUCUCAGCACUUACCCUGACAGAACCAGCCAGUUCCCAGUCUGCAGGCCUACAGCACCAGUCUCUGAAACUGGAUUAAUGCAUAAACUUUGGGGAAUGUCUGUGGUUCUCUGGGUGGUUGUCUUGCCUUCCUCCUGUUGUCAUGGAUGCUCCUCUCCCAUGUUGAAGAAAAAUGCUCUGUUUAGUUUCAGAGCUCUUCCCUUUCCAGCUCAAAAACACAGCUCAUUUUUUUUCUGAGUGCCAAGAUCACCAGACCCUGGCGUUUCCCACCCCUCAGAGGCAUGAUGGCCUCUCAGCUCUGAGAAAGAUUUCAGGAUCUCCACCUCCACCAUGUUAAUCAUAUGCAAUAGCUCUUGAUAGUUUGAUUGUGCGGGGUGCAGAAAACUUCCUAGAAAUGCUGUGUGCCCUCACUAACCAAUGAAAUCAGGGCAAAUGGUUACACACCUUGUCCUUAAUGAAGCAUCUAGAAGAUGCAUGACCUAGCUGAGAUGGCCUGACCCACACCGCCACAAGUAUUUGAAUAUCUGGUAGGAUUUACAAAAUUUCUCAGUAAGUUAGACACCUAAACCCCAAUAUUAUUUCACUCCUAAUUUGCCUUAAACUGGAGAAUCACCAUUUCUUGGCUUCAGCCUUCAACCCUUCGCAGUCCCCAGUUGUGUGGUGUGGAGCAAACACCAGCUCAGCUCUUUGAAGGCAAACCGGAAGGUGUUGGGCUGCCACACUCAACGUUUGGUCACCUGAAAAGCCUGCCUUGGUCUUUCCAGGGCACAAAAAUGAAUUUGGUAGAGCUGCAGUGCCAUCUCAAUGUUUUAGAAGCUCAGAACCAUAAGGGCACUUCAGAUACUUUUUGCUUUUCUGGUACAGCGUGUCUGGAAGAUGAUGAACUCAGACUGUGCCUCUGAUUUCCAAAUUCAAGUGCCAAAAAAGAGGAACAUGCUGCAACUGAACACCAUUAAAACCAGCUUUAUUACAUGUGGGUAAGCAUGGUCUCAAGGGCUCCAUUUUGGUGCUAAGAUAUGUCACACUGUAUUUUUCAUUGCUUGGGAUUACAGAGCUGAUUCCCUACUCCAGGAAAUAUUUUCUGUAAUCAGCAACACAUUAAGCAUUAGGAUUAUUUUUUUUUCCCUUGUGGCUGUAGAUUUUUUAACAAAUACCCCUCCACAACCAUAUGAGUGUUGGAGAAGUUUUAUGCAGUAUAUUUUUGUAAAAAACUCUUUCAAAGUGGGUGCAUGUGUGUUUUUCCCUCAAUAAUACUCCAUAAUAAUUCCCUCAAUAAUCACAUCAGCCAACCCAGAACUAAGGGAAUCUGCUACUCAGGAUUUAAUCCAGAAGUAACUGAGGUUAGUGAAAGGGCCCUCACAGCUGUGUGGGCUCUGGGCCUAGGUCUUCAAUUUUUUUCAUUUAGAAGUCAAAAAGUGUGCUGUUAAUUAACAUUAAAUUUAAACCCCUCCUCCUAGCAGGCAGAAAUCCAGCUGAAAUCUGCCACACUUAACAAGAGAGGACUCGUGUCCUUAGGUGCUCAUGAGCUCCUAAUAAAUGAGCAGAAGCAUUUAAUAUUCUCAUUUAUUCCUUGCUACAAUACUCCAGCAAAGAAGUGCAAAUGAUCUUAAUGGCUGCAUUUAGAAUAUAAGCCAGUCAUCAAAGAUGAGAGUUUUACAGCCCAGUAGUCCUUUAAAUGUCAGCUGUCUUACAGAAGAAGAGUGAUUUUGCAAUGGUUUGGUGCCAUGCACUGGAGUUCUCUUGCAGGAGAAGACUUAGAAACUGCACAAAACCAACAUGGAUCAUACUUUUAAAUACUCAUGGCCUUUCUCUAAUUUUGUGUUGAUUCUGACCUUGAAAAAAGUUCCUGAUUUGAAACUCCAGCCUCUGUAAUGCCCCAUGGCACAGCAUACCAGCAAAAUACAUUUUUAUCCAUCAUCCCACUAUAGAUGAGCACGAGGGCUUUUUUAUUGACAAGCAGCUAGGUCAGGUGAGACAAGGAGAUCUUGGUGAAGGAGUCAUCUGUGCAGCCUGAAGGGCAGAUGUUCCCAAUAGCUCACUGUGGAGGGACAGAUGUUUCCAGUGAUGAUAUUGCUGGAUAGGUCAUGUAGGCUGAGUAGCCUAAUGCAGCAAGUCAGUUGCCAUGUGGCAGCCUACCCACAGAUCCUCCUCGUCUUGAUGUCUGCCAAGGACGUGGGAGAGGAGAGGGAGGGUUUCAGGAAAGCAGAGAGACUGGAGUUCUGGGCUUGAGGUAUCUUUGUGGAGAGGGACCUCUCGCAACAGGGAAGUACAGCUAUGGCCAAUGAGUGUCAUUCCUGAAGUCUUCUUUGGGUCUUUUUCAUAGCAAAGAUGCUUUGAGUCCCAACUGGGACCAGGUGAGAGGAAGAAAAGAAGCUGGCUAUAAACUCAGAAGGAUAAUGCUGGAAGGUUCAUGUUUUGUUUUCCAGGUGGAGAUAAAGAGCUCAGGUGACUCUAGGCACCUUGGCUGGAUAGUAGGGAAAAUCAGCCUUUCUUCCUUGUGUGCGAGUCCCGUGUAUCUUCUGGGUUUGGGGCCUGGAGAACCUCCUCUUGCAGGCCUCCAUAGGAAAUGUCAGGGGCUAAAAUUUGAGUUCUUUCCCUUAGAAAAAGGUGACAUUGCCCUGAGUUCAGUUUAUGGGUCUGCAAAGCU